AUGUCGCAACCUGCCGGACUCGGUAGGAAAAACAACUGGUGUGGCGUCUUUCGUACACGAACAGGUGACAGAAGAUUUGAAAAACCUGGACGUAGAGAUGGAGUACGGGUAGGGUUUGAGGAAGUAGCUCCCACGUCACGCAAGCAGGAUUUUGCACGUUCCGACAGCGAGAAUUGGCGAGCCAUUCGAGAAGAACAAAAUGGUGAAGAGGAAGACGGAGGCUGGAGGACAGCCGGAGCAAGAAGAGAAGGCGAGAGGUGGCGGCCCCCGAGUCCAGAUGGUCCUCGCUCGGCAGGCUGGAGGGACCAUGCUGAUCGGCGGCGGCGGUUUGACUUUGACUUCCGGGAACGAGAUGAGGAGCGUACCUACAGAAGGGGCAGAACAGGUAGUGGAAGCUACGAGGAUGAGAAGGAUAAUUUACCCGAGUGGUGCCUAGAAGAUGCAGAAGAGGAAAUGGGGACAUUUGAUUCAUCUGGAGCUUUCAUGUCAUUAAAGAAAGGUUCCAAAGAACCAAUUCCUGAAGAGCAGGAGCUGGAAUUUCGAGGAGUAGAUGAGUUGGAUGAACGACCUGAAAAUGAAUAUGAUAUGGAAUUCUAUAAAGAGCCUGAUAGGACCGAAAAUGAGGAUGCAGACAAAACAGAUCUUCCAGCUGAGGUCUGCAAUGGCAAAAUAUCGCCAUCAUGCUCGUCAUCCUCUCCAUCAGAGUCACAGGCCCAGGAGGUGUUUCUCACGGUACCAGAAGAGUGUGAACCCAGUGCGCACAGGGCAGAACCUGACAUGGCAGACUCUGCAUCAGAUGCUCAAGGACAGAGCAAACCUGCUGAUGAUGCUGUGAAUCUGGGCCAACCUGCUCAGCUAAGCCCUGCAACAGUGUCCACAUUAUCAUCGUCCUCGCCUUCCUCUUCUCCUCCCUAUCCCAGCACCGUUGCCGAAUUCGCACCAGUGGACAAUGACGACGACGACGGGAUGAAACGUUUUGAACAGGAGGCUGAGAAAAUGGUGGCGUCGCUACACGACAACUCCCUGGACGAUGAACGAUUCGUGGAGAUGAUGCAAGAUCAGAGGAACCGAGCUGCUGCUGCCUUACCCCUCUCACAUGAGGCAGCCAUGAAAUGGUUCUAUAAGGAUCCGCAGGGAGAGAUCCAAGGUCCGUUUACAACGCAGGAAAUGGCUGACUGGUUCCAAGCUGGAUAUUUUCCCAUGUCUCUCUUGGUUAAACGGGGUUGUGAUGAGGGCUUCCAGCCUCUGGGGGAUGUGAUUAAGAUGUGGGGAAGAGUGCCUUUUGCUCCUGGCCCCUCUCCUCCACCAUUGCUGCUUGUCCCUUACUCUGUAAGCCAUCAACCAAGCAACCAAGAGAACGGACAAGUGGAAUUGUGGUCUCCUCACAGCCCUGCUGAAAAUGCUACUUUAUGUCAGCAGGGCGAUAUGGACCAGGGGAGACUGAAAAAGCAGCGGGAGUUGGCAGCUGCCUUGUACCAUCAGCUUCAGUACCAGCAAUUUCUGCAACUCAUAAACAGCCGGCAGCAACUAGUGCAGUGUGCACUGCAGCAGAAGGCAAACAUGACACCCCAGCAACAGCAGCAACUUGUGGUGUUCCUGCAGCAGAUCCAGGCCCUCAAAUCAAGGUGCGCAGAGCAAAAUUUGAUUCCUGCUAUCAACAGAUCCAUGUCAGUGCCUGAAACCGGGUCUCUGUGGGACCUUCCAACUUCUGCUUCACAGCCCUCGGGUUGUGAUGCAGGGAGCUUGUGGGAUUCAGCAUCUCAGGGUCCACUGCUGGAACAAAUUCAAAAACUAGAGCGAGAGAAAGCUACAAAACUAAAGCAGGAGCGAAGAGACGCUGAACUCAGGAAUAAAAGGGAAGAGGAUGACAGAAAACGGCAAGAUGAAAUCCGGUGGCAAGAGGAAGAACGCAAACGUCGGGAUGAGGAUGAGCUAACUAGGAGGAAGCAGGAAGAGGUGGUCCGAUUUCAGAGGGAACAGCAGGAGGAGGUUGCCCGGCGCCAAAGGGAAGAAGAGGAUCGCCGACAAGAGGAGGCCCUGAGGCGACGUGAUGAGGAAGAAAGACGGCAGAUGGAGGACAUCCUCCGAAAGCAGGAGAAAGACAGGAGGCAGCAGGAUGAAACCCGCCGGUGGCUGGAGGAAGAGGAGAGCAGGCGCCAACUGGAGGAGGAAGCCAGGCGCAGGCUUGCCGAGGAGGAGGAACGGAAACGCAAGGAAAUGGAUCUGCAGCUUCAGCGGCAGCAGGAGAUGCUGCGACACAGGCAGCAGCAAGAGGCUCUGAGGCGCUUACAACAGCAGCAGCAAUUAGCACACAUAAAGAUCCCCUCUUCUACUUCAUGGGGGCAGCAGUCCAACUCGGUACCACCGCUUCAGAAGCUGGAGGAAGAAAGGGAGCGACACCGCAGAGAGGAGCAGUGUCGUCAGCAACAGGAGAUAAUGAAAGCCCUUCAACAGCACCAGCAGCAGAAGUCACCUGGCUGGAACAAUCUCCCCAAGCAGUCAAUGUCUGUCAAGUCAUUAUUGGAGAUGCAGCAAGAGCUGCAGAAACAGCAACAGCAGAGGGCGCAGGCACGAGCACAUUCCAGUAUGCCUAUGAACAACUCAUCAGUGUGGGGAUUGCCUGGCCAGUGGGGGUCUGAUAUGAGCAGCAUGUGGAGCAUGCACGAAAAUAAGAACUCUAACAUGAGCCUUUGGGGAGACGAAGCUGUGAAGAGCACAGGCCCUGUGAUUAGAAGUGCUGGACUGAAGAACAGCAGGAGUAGUCCUUCAUUGAGUGACUCGUAUGGAAUUCCUACCAGACCGAGCAAAAAGAAGACUGAAGAGGAGGAGAAGUUACUGAAGCUGUUCCAGGGAAUGAGCAAAACUCAGGACGGCUUCACUCAGUGGUGCGAGCAAAUGCUGCAUGUCCUUAACACAGCCAAUAACCUUGAUGUACCCACGUUUGUAUCCUUCCUUAAAGAAGUGGACUCGCCAUAUGAGGUGCACGAUUACAUCCGUGCUUACCUGGGUGACACCCCAGAGGCCAAAGAGUUUGCCAAGCAGUUCCUGGAGCGUCGUGCCAAACAAAAGGCCAACCAGCAAAGGCAACAACAACAGCAGUUAACAAAGGAACUUCUGAGCCUCACUGGGAACCUCGCUCUGCAGCCUGACAGGUUACAGGACUCCAUCUGGGGAAUCGGUUCAAACAGCCUACAGUCACUCUUCCAGGGUAAUCACAACAGUGCACAGCAAUCGUCUUACGAGAGCUCGCAAGCUGGGAAAAAGAAAAAGAAGCAAAAGAUGGUGCGGGCUGAUCCUAGUAUCCUGGGCUUUUCUGUGAACGCGUCGUCAGAGCGACUGAACAUGGGAGAAAUAGAGACAAUGGAUGACUUUUAAACAAGGUUUAAAAACAAAAGAUAUUCCUAAAAGCUGCCUUUGACUCCUACUCGACCGUACCUGGAACAUGCUUCAUGGCAGGUGGUCACAGUGAUGGAUCCAGGAUCUCCGCUCCCUCUGCUGGCAAGAAGUGUGAAAUUCACUUAAUUUUUUUGGUGAAUCCUCUGGGUACUUCUGUUCUUCAUUGGAUGAAGCACCUUAAUAACCAUGCACUUUAUUAGACGUUGUACAUAGACUGAAACUGGAGGUUUUCUUGAAUUUAAAAAAGUUCCUUUUUUGGAAAUAUAUCUGCAAAACACUGUUACUGUUUUUUUUUUAAAUGUUUUUUUUGAAAGGAUGUGGAGCCUGAAGAAAUGCACUUAGAGACUGAAUCCAGAACUGGAACUUUUGGUGUGCUAUAAUUUGGACAAUGUGAUUGCGAGUUUGGGUCCCUACCUAAUAUAAAAGGAGAGGCGAACAGAGAGAGCGAGGAGGGAGAUAGGGAAACCCAGGCAUCAGGAGGCCACUUUCUGAGUUUUACUUUGGUUGCACACACAGCACCAAGCUACAUUGGACUUAACUAGACAGCACUGCGCGAGUGUGGACUUUCAGCGUUUUCGUGGUGCUCUAUACAAGGAAUGUAAAAAAAUAAAUAAUAAAUAAGUACUUGGACAGGGUGGUUCAAGUGGACUGCUGCGUUGACA